AAAGACGGCUGGAACCCGCUGAGUUGUAGUGUGCGCACCACUUGCACUUCAUCUUUACCCAACAAAUCGACAACACAGUUGUGAUUCACCAGUAUACAUAGCGUCUCGAGAUGACACCUGACGGCCGGAAACUCGUUCCCCUGUUCAAUGAUUUCCUGUACGACUCGGUCCGAAAGAUUGCCGUAGACCAGGGCUUCACGAAGGACCUAUUUUCGGUGGAUUUCGACGAGGAAACCCGCCUCGAGUGCGAUGGGUUCAUCAGUUUCGUAUUCAGAGCCAUUGUCAGCGAAGAUGAGCGAGAGUUGGUGCUUUGGUGCAAAGUUCCCCCGAGCAAUGAUUCGCGAUCGUUGGUGUUAUUCGAGCGCGAGGUGUUCUUCUACCGCGAGAUUCUACCUGCGUUUGUGAAGUUCCAGCAAGAAAGAGGAAUCCGUGAGGAGUUGGAAGGGGGGUUCUGCGGGGUACCGAAGUGCUAUUACGCACAUUGUGAAAUUGAUAAGGAAGACGAAAUCGAGGCUGUCAUUGUUUUGGAGUACGACGAAAGCUAUGAACGGUGGGAUUGGGAUAAACUGCAACCGUUGGAUAUUGAGCAUGCGAAAAUAUUGAUGGCCACAUUGGGCCGACUGCAUGCGGUUUCUUUUGCCAUGAAAGAACAGCUACCGAAUGUGUUUGAGAAAUUUAACUUGCUGGAUAAACUUGGUGAAGAGACCAGGCUGAUGACACUGAUGAAGGAAUCGUUUGAUCGCGCACUGGUCACGAUGAAGACCAGGUUUGCGUCUGACCAGGAAAAGAUAGCGCGAGUGAAAGAGGAUGUAUUUCAGCUGCUGGCAGCUAGCGGACAUGCGCAGGAGAUGGAGCUGUACCGCAUCAUAAGUCAUGGGGAUUGCUGGAUCAAUAAUCAUAUCUACAGGCAUAGUGAGGACCACGUGGCCACCAGUGUCAUCCUCACUGACUGGCAAUCGUUCCGCCUCGCAACUCCACUGCUGGAUAUUGGCUAUUUCUUUUUUAUUUGCGCCAGCUCAGAGUUUCGGAAAAAUCACAUGGACAGUUUGCUGCAGCAUUAUCACGACGCAUUGAGAGGCCUUCUGGAUCGUCUGGGAGGAGACACAGAUCGGCAGUUUCCAUUUGGUACGCUACUCCGCCUGAUGGAACCGUUUCAAAAGCUGCUGGAAUAGGGCGACCAAGAACCGAGGGCGGCUGAAAUCUAUGAUUUGCAUCCAAGUGGACCGGAACGCAGGGGAAAUUGUGGAAUAAAUCAUAAGUAAAUUCGAGCGUAUUUUUGUUUUUUCUAUUUGUUCUUGCGGCCAUAAAUUAUCGCAAUAUUUCAUGUGGCGGCCCAUAAACGCGAAACCACUUUGGGGAGACAAGGUUGCCUUCUGGGUUCGAGAGAUAUGGUUUGGGUGUAUAAAAAAGAGAUAGAAAACGAUGAGUUUCUAAAUGGCGCGAAAAAUAAUUAUCUGUUCUUUAUUAUUAUUUUUAAUCUUUCGUCAAGUUAAUUUUUGACCCGAAAUCAUCGCCUGGACGCGUGCUUCGAAAUGUCACAUGGUUUGAUUCUUCGUUCGUUACACGAACUAAACGAAGAUCAGAAAAAAAACUGAAACGGGAUUUAUAACUGAUGCAAGAAAAAUUGUACAUCUUUUUCGUAUAAAAAAACACUCAAAAUUUGAAGAGAAUUGUAUAUACCUAACAGCUUAUGGCGACGCAAUAAUGGUUUUAUUAUGACGUGAAAUUGUUACGAACGACGCCCAUAAAAUGGCAACAUCAUCCUAAAUGUUUAUUGCACGAAGGAACGACGCACGUGCAGACGAAAAUGAAACUUACUUUACGCAGUGGUUAUUCUAAUGUCUGUUGUCUAAUGAGUUCAUUGAUUACAGGUAAAAUUAGUCCGGGUGAGAUGAAUGGAAAAUUUUGAAAAAAAACAUCUCAUUCACUAACUGAAUAACCUCUUGGGCUAGCAGGAUUAGGGAAAGGGCGGUAAAAACGGACACCCUAAGUAAAAGUUGUUUUUUUUUCAUUAAUAAAGGGUGUGUCACAUCAAAUUGCAUCACGGAAAAAACACUGUAGAAAUUCGCCCAGUAGACCGAUCCUUUUGAAAAUUUUAGAC